AUGUUCGGACUUUUAUUCUAAACGAUUGAGUUUGCAUUGUCUGUUGCAUUGUGUCUAUUUAUAAAAGUGGGAAGAGAAGAGACAAAAAUGAGUGGAAGAGUGCUGAAGUUCGCGUAUAGGGUUGAAAAGAAUCUACUUUAUAAUUAUGAAUUUGGAAGAUAUACAAAAGUUUUCAGAUUUUGCCUGAUUCCAUUUUUAUUAUCGACUCUAUAUCGCAAGGUUAUGAAACUUAAAUCGUCCUUUAAUUUGUAUCAGAUAAUGUUGCUAGUGAUUGAUCUGUUAUCAUUGACUGAUUACAUAAACACAACUGAGUCAUAUUAAAGAUAUUGUCUGGUUUAUGCGAUCAGAAUAAUUAGAACAACCAUCAUGUUGUUUGAUUUAAUUAAAGAUAUUACAAAUGUGUCUAUGAUCCAUUAUGAAAAAAGACAACUGGCUAAAUAGCUAUAAAUAUCAUAACAACUUUAAUAAAAUUAAUAAGAGCGAGCAAAACAAUAGGAGAGCUAGGAUGAAGAAUCAGACUUGGAUGAAUCAUUAAAAUUAAUCAAUACAAAAAAAUAGCAAUAGCAAUAAACUUUGAUAAAACGACUAAUUUUUCCAUAAAUGAAAAUUCCUUGCAUUGCAUUAAAUUUGACAAUCAAUCAACAGCAGUAUUAUAUUUAAAUAAUUGAUCCUUGGAGUUUUGAUAAAUCAUUCUCACAAAUCUAAAUCAGAGAGCAAUUAUUGAUAAUGAUCAAACUAAACUUUUGUUGCUAAAUUUAUCAAACCUUAAAGAAAACUAAGUGUAAUCAAUAAGCACUUUAUUAAUAUAGAGAAUUAAUAGCUGAAUAUCUAUCUUAAAUUAUUUGGAUGAAUUGA